UGUUGGAAUGAAAUUGCAACAACAACAACAAAAAGUCACGCCCACUCUUGUUGAUGAGAAAGUUAGUCGACCAUUGCCUGGAACCAGCACCAACAGCAAAGAAUCAAUAUUUAUGAAAUUAAAUAAGCGGAUAUCACUUCUAGAACAAAAUUUUUCUAUAACUACUGAACAUUUAACUGAGCUAAAUAAAAAGGCGACAAAAACUGAAGAAGUUGUAGCAAGACAAGAGAAAAUAACUAGAACAACAGCUGAAAAUGUUGCUAAACAUGAACAAAAGAUUAAUGAACUUCAAAAAGAAUUGCGUCGUCUUUCUCAGCAACUUCAAGCUGUCGCUACCUCAAUUCAACCGACUACAAUUAGACCUGAUGGGAAUGGGUUUUAUCCACCUCCCCCUUUAUCACAAUAUCAACGCUAUAUGAACAAUGAAAAACAACAAAAUCAAUGCAAUGGGAAAACCUGUAUGAGUGAUUUUAGAAGAAGUUCUUAUAUUUCUCCUUCAACAUAUUAUUCUCAAUUACGUAAUGCUAUUGGUUAUGGAAGGGAUGAGGAUGUUAAUAUGAGGCAUGAAGGGCUGUGGACGACAAACGAAGUAAUCAUCCUUGUUGUUAUAGUUCAAAUUGUUACAUUAAUUUUGUUAAAAAUAAUUUAUUCAAUAAUUAAUUGUUUAAACAACAUUAGACACCGGUAA